UUCUUCAAUCCAAAGCCUUUCUUUUGUGAGCUCCAAAGAGACGUAGCAGCAGAAACAAAACGAUGAAGCUAACAAUCUUAGCUUUACAUGUUCCUUUCUUCUUCUUAUCACAAUUGCUUACAAUCUCAAACGGAAUUUCAACUUCUCAGCUUUUUCUUCAGCAAAGCAAGUACUUAACCAAAGAAGAACACUGGUUCAAUCAGACACUUGAUCACUUUUCUCCUUACGAUCAUCGCACAUUUGGACAGAGGUACUAUGAGUUUCUUGACCAUUUCCGAAUUCCUGAUGGACCGAUAUUUUUGAAAAUUUGUGGAGAAUCUGCAUGCAGUGGGAUACCGAACGAUUACCUCAGUGUUUUAGCGAAGAAGUUUGGAGCUGCUGUCGUUACUCUUGAGCAUCGGUAUUAUGGGAAGAGUUCACCGUUCAAGUCCUUAACAACCGGGAAUCUGAAAUAUCUGUCAUCAAAACAGGCACUUUUUGACUUGGCAGCUUUCAGGAAUUUUUAUCAGGAGUCCUUGAACGUGAAGCUCAACAGAUCCAAUAUUGAAAACCCAUGGUUUGUCUUCGGUGUUUCAUACUCAGGAGCACUUAGCGCAUGGUUUCGGCUGAAGUUUCCUCACCUAACCUGUGGAAGCCUCGCAAGCUCUGCAGUAGUUGAAGCAGUUUACAGCUUCUCAGAGUUUGACAAGCAGGUUGGUGAAUCUGCUGGUCCAGAAUGUAAAACAACAUUGCAAGAAAUCACCCAACUAGUAGAAGCAAGACUUGCAUCAAAUCCCAAGGACAUUAAAGGGUUGUUUGGUGCUGAUGAGCUGAGAAAUGAUGGUGACUUCCUGUACUUUGUGGCAGAUGCUGCAGUUACAGCAUUUCAAUAUGGAAGUCCAGACAAACUAUGCAUCCCACUACUUGAAGCAAAGAAGUCCGGGGAAGAUUUAGUGAAUGCAUAUGCCACCUAUGUAAAGGAGUAUUACAUUAAGACUUUUGGGGUCAGCGUCAAAACCUACGAUCAGGAAAAUCUGAAGAACACUGCUGUAAAUGGUGAUACUUCUGACCGCUUGUGGUGGUUCCAGGUCUGCACAGAAGUUGCAUAUUUUCAGGUUGCACCCUUGAAUGAUAGUAUUCGCUCUUCUAAAGUUGAUACCAGAUACCAUUUGGACCUGUGCAGGAAUGUCUUUGGAUCCGGUAUCUAUCCUGAUGUUGAUGCAACUAACUUGUACUAUGGAGGCACCAAAAUUGCUGGGUCAAAGAUUGUCUUCACCAAUGGAUCACAGGACCCCUGGCGACAUGCGUCCAAACAGACUUCUUCCCCAGAGUUGCCUUCUUACAUAAUCUCUUGCCAUAACUGUGGCCAUGGAACCGACAUGCGGGGCUGCCCUCAGUCUCCUUUAGUACCUGAAGGUGAUGCUAAGAAUUGCAGUUCCCCUGAUGCAGUUCGUAAAGUAAGGGAAAAGAUUGUUGAACAUAUAGAUUUGUGGCUGUCCCAGUGCCAGUCUUCAGGUUGGAGUUCAAUGUGAAAACAUCAUCUCAGAGCUAUACAAAUUAACGUAUACUUUAUGUCCACUAAUCAACAACUAAAUAAUGUACCUCGUCGUGGACAGAUGUAUAGUUGCUCAUCCAUGAACGAUGUCAUCUGUAUGAGUUGAUCUCGUGUACUGUGACUUGCUAAUAAUAUGAAAAAUUCUUCUUCUUGA